AUGGCGCCGAAAGUACCUUCAAAGAAACCUGUGAAAACAGUGGAGAAACCAAUUGAAAAAAUAAUAGCGAAGAAAUCUAAAGACAAGAAGAAGAAAAAAAACUAUCACAACUUUUCAAUUUACAUAUACAAAAUAUUAAAGCAGACAUCGGAAAACAAAAUGGGUAUAUCAAGAUCUUCGAUGAUGAUUAUGAAUAAUUUCGUUUAUGAUAUGAUGGAGAAGAUUGCCAAUGAAGCGGGGAGGUUGGCCGCCUUCUCCAAGAAACACACGCUCACCAGCCGAGAAGUACAAACAGCAAUAAAAUUACUCAUACCGGGAGAAUUAGCCAAACACGCGAACAUAGAGGCUUUGAAAGCUAUUACUAUGUACCAUAACAGCAGAGACAAACAAUAAGUACUAACUUCAAAAUAAUUAUUGUAAAUAAAAAGAUUGAUUACCAUAUUAUUAUAUUGUUAAAACAU